AUGACCUCCAAGCCAUAUGCAGUUUUUGCUACAUGCAAACACCUCAUUGUUGUCUGCUGCCAUGCCAUUUACACCGGAGGUUCACAUCUUGGAGCCCCAGAGAACGAGUGGCUGAUUGAGCCCUUCCAAAAGGGAGAAACACCAACAUUCAUCGAUCAUGUCAAAGCCGGAUUGAAUGCUCUAGCAGCAGAUUCUCAUAGCUUGCUUGUGUUCUCAGGAGGGGCUACCAAGAAGCCUAGAACCGAGCUUAGUGAAGGUCAAUCUUACCUUAAUCUAGCCAGAGAUAACAACUACUUCCAAGGCAUGUCCACUAUCUCUACAAUUGACUCAUCAAGAGUCAUCGCAGAAACCAACGCCACAGAUUCAUAUCAAAACCUAUUGUUUUCUUUAAUACAGUUCCGGGUAUACACGGGCGUUUAUCCACAGAGAGUCACAGUCGUGACGCACGAGUUUAAACGCGCUCGAUUCAUGCAGUGUCAUUUUCCAGCUGUGGGCCUCGUCCCCAUCGGCCCGGAAAUAGAAGACUAUACGCACAAGAUUGCUGUCAUAGGCAUCAAUCCACCAGCGGAAGUCACACCGCCAGAAAAACUGACUCGAGGCGAGACUAUGAAUGGGAUUGGGCUCUGGAGAGAAGACCUUUACGGAGUGAACCCGGAUCUGGUUGGAAAAAGGGCGAGACGAGGCUGGUCCUCUGAAACGGAAAACGAUGUGUUCUCUGGGUUGGGACUGGAAGAUGUAGUGUUGGAUCUAAUCCGCUAUGAUGGGGGUGAUCAUUGCAAUAAGUGGUUCCCGAAGCGAGAGAGCUUGCCUUGGUCUUAUACCAGGGGGCAUUGA